CAUGCUGUGACUGGACUGGAUGCUCUCACUGCAGCAGACAUGAGGAUAAAAGCCACCGUUGUCUGGGCGUGCACGUUAAUCACCUCCCUGUUGGUUGUGUGCUGCCAGGCACAGAAGCUGAACAUCCACUGGGGUCCUCAGUCCAUGAUGUACCUGAAGGGCAAGCAUGGCAGGAGGUUCGUCUCAGAGGAGGACAACAGGGUUUUGAAGCAGGGUCUGCACGGCUGGUAUGCAGUACUCAGAGGCAUCCAGAGGCUGCAGUCACUGGAGUUCAGUAAACCCAGUCACAUCAUGAGCUCAGAGAAGGUCCUCAUCCACUGCCUCCAUGAGAGAUGAGACGCACUGAGGCACACUGUCCACGAACAGGGACUAAACUAACAAUUCACUGAGAACACGUCCAAAGUAAUGC